UUGACUACUAUCUCUCUCAACUACCCUCCCCUCUCUCUUUCCUCCCUCUCUAUCUUUUGUUUGUUACAGGUGGUAGGUGGUAGAGGGAAGCGGCGUGGGUUGUUUGUUUCGCACUCACAUUGCAGGAGAGAGGGGACUCAUCUUAUGCUUGCUCUCUACGCAAAAGAAACUUCAUCAAAUUCUUGUCAAACCAAGAGAGUUAAAAAGGAGUCCGAUACGUUGAGAGCCCAGAUCCCCGAAAAGAAGGGGUCCUUUUAGCCUGUAGCCCACCCUUUUUUUAUUUUAAUAUCAGAGCUUUUUGAAGGUCAGACUUGAAUAUCAGCGGUGGUGGUGCUAUGGCUGAGGAGAACGGGUUGGAUGGAAAUAAAAAAAUGGAGGAGGGUUCCACAUCAAAAAGUCAUGCACUGGAAAUGGAAGCAGAAAAAAGUAGUGUCAAGAAAGGGGGUGAACAUGAUUCGGCAAGCAAGAAAGAAGAGGAAACCAAAACAGUUCCAUUUUUCAAGCUGUUCGCAUUUGCAGAUUCCACAGAUAAACUGUUGAUGAUUAUUGGAACAAUUGGUGCCAUUGGUAACGGGAUAUGCUUGCCCCUUAUGACAGUUCUUUUCGGGGAGAUGAUUGAUUCUUUUGGAGGAAACCAGAAUAACGUAGACAUAGUCAGUGUGGUUUCUAAGGUAUCACUGAAAUUUGUGUAUUUGGCUAUGGGGGCCGGUGUAGCAGCAUUCCUCCAGGUGGCUUGCUGGAUGGUCACGGGUGAGAGACAGGCGGCACGGAUAAGGAGUCUGUAUUUGAAAACUAUAUUGAGACAAGAUGUGGCUUUUUUUGACAAGGAAACAAAUACUGGAGAAGUCGUUGGGAGGAUGUCCGGUGAUACUGUUCUCAUACAAGAUGCUAUGGGUGAGAAGGUUGGGAAAUUUGUACAGCUAGUGUCGACAUUUUUGGGAGGCUUUGUCGUAGCAUUUAUCAAAGGGUGGCUUCUCACGCUUGUCAUGUUAUCCUCUAUUCCUCUACUUGUGAUAUCUGGUGGAACCAUGUCUCUUAUUAUAUCCAAGAUGGCAUCCCGUGGACAAAAUUCUUAUGCAAAAGCAGCAACUAUUGUUGAACAGACGAUUGGCUCAAUUAGAACUGUUGCAUCGUUUACUGGCGAGAAGCAAGCUGUAAGUAAUUACAACAAAUCUCUUGUAAAUGCUUACAAGUCAGGUGUUAACGAAGGAUUGGCUGCCGGAGUAGGUCUUGGAUCAGUUAUGUUGAUUGUGUUUUCCAGUUACGCUUUAGCAGUAUGGUUUGGUGCAAAGAUGAUAUUGGAAAAAGGAUAUACUGGGGGUGAAGUGAUCAAUGUAAUUGUUGCUGUGUUGACUGGUUCCAUGUCGCUAGGGCAGGCAUCUCCUUGCAUGAGUGCAUUUGCUGCUGGCCGAGCUGCAGCAUUCAAAAUGUUUGAGACUAUAAAUAGGAGGCCAGAAAUAGAUGCGUAUGACCCCAAAGGAAAGAUAUUGGAUGACAUUCGUGGAGACGUCGAGUUAAGGGAUGUCCAUUUUAGUUAUCCAGCCAGACCGGAUGAGCAAAUAUUUAGUGGAUUCUCUCUUUCCAUCGCUAGCGGCACAACUGUAGCUUUGGUGGGACAAAGUGGAAGUGGGAAGUCAACAGUGAUCAGUCUAAUAGAGAGAUUUUAUGAUCCACACGCUGGUGAAGUUCUUAUUGAUGGGAUAAAUCUAAAAGAAUUCCAGCUUAAAUGGAUUAGGGAGAAAAUCGGUCUUGUCAGCCAAGAACCUGUGCUCUUUGCAUCCAGCAUUAAGGAUAAUAUUGCAUACGGGAAGGAUGGUUCAACUAUUGAAGAGAUCAAAGUAGCGGCUGAACUAGCUAAUGCUGCUAAAUUCAUUGAUAAACUGCCGCAGGGACUGGACACCAUGGUUGGUGAGCAUGGAACACAGCUGUCAGGUGGACAGAAACAACGAGUUGCAAUAGCCAGAGCAAUUCUGAAAAACCCACGUAUUCUACUUCUAGAUGAAGCAACAAGUGCACUUGAUGCAGAGUCUGAGAGGAUUGUGCAAGAGGCAUUGGACAGAAUUAUGGUUAACAGAACAACUGUCAUUGUUGCCCAUCGUCUGAGCACAGUGAGGAAUGCCGAUAUGAUUGCAGUGAUUCAUCGAGGAAAGAUGGUUGAAAAAGGUUCACAUUCAGAACUUCUCAAGGAUCCUGAUGGCGCGUACUCUCAGCUUAUACGAUUGCAAGAAGUUAAUAAAGUUUCAGAACAACAAGGCCCAAUUGACCAAGACAAAUCAGAAAUUACUUCGGAAUCUGUUAGACAUUCAAAUCAACGAAUGUCAUUUCCACGAUCAAUCAGUCGAGGAUCAUCUGGAGCAGGAAAUAGCAGCCGCCAUUCAUUCUCAGUCUCAUUUGGUCUACCAACAGGACUAAAUGUCCCUGAAACUGCAUUGGCAGAACCUGAAGAUCCUCUACCAAAACCAUCAGAAAAGCCUCCAGAAGUCCCACUUCGUCGCCUUGCCUAUCUCAACAAGCCAGAGGUUCCGGUGCUGAUAGUGGGAACCAUAUCUGCAAUCAUCAAUGGUGCAAUUCUUCCAAUUUUUGGUAUACUAAUUUCUAGUGUGAUCAAAACAUUUUAUGAGCCACCACAUGAACUAAGAAAGGAUUCAAAAUUUUGGGCAAUAAUGUUUUUAGUCCUUGGAUUGAUAUCUUUUCUGGCAUAUCCAGCACGGACAUACUUUUUUUCCGUGGCUGGGUGUCAACUAAUAAGACGUAUCAGAUCAAUGUGCUUUGAGAAGGUGAUUCGUAUGGAGGUCAGUUGGUUUGAUGAGCCCGAGCACUCAAGUGGAGCAAUUGGUUCAAGGCUCUCUGCAGAUGCAGCUACUGUGCGCGGUUUGGUUGGAGAUGCACUUGCUCAGGCUGUUCAGGAUCUUGCAUCAGCAGCUGCAGGUUUGGGCAUUGCUUUUCAAGCAAGUUGGCAGUUGGCACUUAUUAUCCUUGCUUUGCUACCACUAAUAGGAGUUAACGGAUAUGUCCAAGUGAAGUUCAUGAAAGGGUUUAGCGCAGAUGCCAAGAUGAUGUAUGAGGAAGCUAGCCAAGUUGCUAAUGAUGCAGUCGGGAGUAUUAGAACAGUUGCCUCUUUCUGCGCGGAAGAGAAAGUGAUGCAACUGUACAAAAAGAAAUGUGAUGGCCCUAUGAAGACAGGGAUAAGGCAAGGGUUGAUUAGUGGGGCUGGUUUUGGGAUAUCUUUCGCGUUACUAUUUUGUGUCUAUGCAACAAGUUUUUAUGCAGGAGCCCGGCUUGUUGAAGAUGGAAAAAUAACUUUCUCAGAUGUUUUCCGGGUUUUCUUUGCUCUGACCAUGGCGGCUGUUGCUAUUUCUCAAUCAAGCUCCUUUGCCCCUGAUUCCAGCAAAGCCAAGUCUGCUACUGCUUCAAUAUUCGCCAUUCUAGACAGGAAAUCCAAGAUAGACCCAAGUGAUGAGUCCGGGACAACAUUAGAGAACGUGAAGGGAGAAAUUGAGCUUCGGCAUAUAAGCUUUACCUACCCCACUAGACCAGAUAUUCAGAUUUUCCGAGACCUCAGCUUGUCUAUUCGUAGUGGCAAGACGGUGGCACUGGUUGGAGAAAGUGGAAGCGGGAAAUCAACAGUGAUCUCAUUAUUGCAAAGAUUCUACGAUCCUGAUUCAGGUUGUAUCACACUCGAUGGAGUUGAGAUUCAGACACUGCAGUUGAAGUGGUUGAGGCUGCAGAUGGGGCUUGUGAGCCAAGAACCAGUCCUGUUUAAUGACACUAUAAGAGCUAACAUUGCGUAUGGAAAGGAAGGAAAUGCAACAGAGGCAGAAAUUCUAGCUGCAUCAGAGAAGGCAAAUGCCCACAAAUUUAUCAGUGGCUUACAACAGGGAUAUGACACAACAGUAGGCGAGCGAGGAGUGCAAUUGUCUGGCGGGCAGAAGCAGCGGGUGGCCAUUGCACGAGCGAUAGUGAAAAGUCCGAAGAUACUACUAUUGGAUGAGGCCACUAGUGCACUGGAUGCCGAGUCGGAGAGAGUGGUUCAAGAUGCACUGGACCGAGUGAUGGUGAACCGCACCACGGUGGUAGUGGCUCAUCGGUUGUCCACAAUCAAGAAUGCAGAUGUAAUUGCGGUUGUUAAAAAUGGAGUCAUUGUGGAGAAAGGGAAACACGAAACUCUCAUCAACAUCAAAGAUGGCGUUUAUGCCUCCUUAGUAGCUCUUCACAUGACUGCUUCAUCUUAGUUACCUAUGUCUUACUUUGUUUUUGUGCUUUCUUUAUACCUUACAAUUUUUUGUUUUGUGAAAAGUCGUGGUUAUGAUAUAUAUCCACGGGAUGAAUAAACAGCCAAAAAGUGGUUACUAAGCUCGUGUGUAGUUAUUUUAUUUUUAUCUUAACGACAAACACACUUGCAUAUCUUACAUUGUUAUUUUAUGAAAAUUACUACAUUAUGUGACAA